UAUAUAUAUAAUAAAUACAUAAUUAUAUAUAACUUGGUCUCACUUUGUUUAUAGCAUCAGUUUCAAAACGACUCUUUAUCGUCACAAGCUUUUUAUUGAUCGCUUCGUUGCAGAGAAAAUCUCUGCAAAUCGUUUGAUUCACUUUACGUAAUGGCCUCCGUGCUUGAUAUGAAUGGCGAUUUCGCAUCUUCGGCUCCGAAUCUCCUCAAAAACCUUCCCCAACUCUCCCCUGACCAGGUUGAGCUUGCGAAGCUGCUGUUGGAGGUCGGACAGAGCCAUCUGUUCCAGCAUUGGGCUGAGCCUGGCGUCCACGACGAUGAGAAGCGUGCUUUCUUCGAUCAGGUUGCUCGACUUAAUGCAAACUAUCCUGGUGGGUUGGCAUCAUAUAUCAAAACUGCCAGAGAACUCUUAGCAGAUUCAAAGGCGGGGAAGAACCCAUUUGAUGGUUUUACACCUUCUGUUCCGUCGGGAGAGAUUCUGACUUUUGGCGAUGAUCACUUUGUUCAAUUUGAGGAGACUGGUGUCAGGGAAGCACGGAAUGCUGCAUUUGUUCUUGUAGCAGGGGGACUUGGGGAACGUCUUGGAUACAAUGGAAUUAAGGUGGCUCUUCCUUCAGAGUCUACCACCGGAACAGGUUUCUUACAGCAGUACAUUGAGUCCAUUCUAGCUUUACAAGAUGCUAGCUGUGGACAAGUGCAAGGCGGAUGCCAAACACAGAUUCCUUUGGUUAUAAUGACGUCUGAUGACACACAUUUACGUAUUUUAGAGCUUUUAGAAUCAAAUGCAUAUUUUGGAAUGAAAUCUACGCAAGUAAAACUUCUAAAGCAGGAAAAAGUUGCUUGCUUAGAUGACAAUGAUGCCAGGCUUGCCAUGGACCCACAUAAUAAAUACAGAAUCCAGACGAAACCUCAUGGCCAUGGUGAUGUUCAUUCACUUCUUUAUUCUAGCGGCCUUUUAAAUGUGUGGCGUGAUGCUGGUUUGAGAUGGGUUCUGUUUUUCCAAGAUACAAAUGGACUUCUUUUCAAGGCAAUCCCAGCUGCAUUAGGUGUUAGUGCCACCAAACAGUACCAUGUUAAUUCUCUUGCUGUCCCUCGAAAAGCCAAAGAGGCUAUUGGAGGAAUUACCAGACUUACUCAUUCUGAUGGUAGGACGAUGGUGAUUAAUGUGGAAUACAAUCAACUUGAUCCUCUGCUUAGAGCUACUGGAUAUGCUGAUGGCGACGCCAACUGUGAAACAGGCUUUUCUCCUUUUCCUGGGAAUAUAAACCAAUUGAUACUUGAACUUGGCCCUUACAUCGAGGAACUUACAAAAACCAGAGGUGCUAUAAAGGAGUUUGUUAACCCCAAAUAUAAAGAUUCUAGUAAAAAUGCUUUUAAAUCCUCAACUCGACUAGAGUGUAUGAUGCAAGAUUAUCCUAAAACAUUGCCUCCAUCAGCAAGGGUUGGAUUUACUGUAAUGGAUGCAUGGCUUGCUUAUGCACCUGUGAAGAACAACCCCGAGGAUGCUGCUAAGGUACCAAAGGGGAAUCCAUACCACAGUGCUACUUCUGGAGAAACGGCAAUCUAUCGGGCAAACAGCCUAAUUCUUAGGAAGGUUGGCGUUAAGGUAGAUGAUCCCGUACACCAUGUGUUCAAUGGACAAGAGGUGGAAGUAUGGCCCCGUAUUACAUGGAAGCCAAAGUGGGCCAUUACUUUUUCAGAUGUUAGAAACAAAGUGAGCGGUAGCUGCUCGGUGUCUCAGAAAUCUACCAUGGCCAUUAAGGGCCGUAACAUCUUUCUUGAGGAUCUCUCCUUGGAUGGAGCUCUUGUGAUCAACUCAGUUGAUGAUGCAGAGGUAAAAGUGGGAGGUUCGGUGCAAAACAAGGGAUGGAUCGUCGAAAAUGUUGAUUACAAGGAUCCUUCAGUACCCGAAGAAGCGAGGAUCAGGGGUUUCAGAAUAAAUAAGGUCGAGCAGUUGGAAAAAGAUUACAAUGAGGCUGGAAAGUUCAUCUUGAAGCCUUGAAGGUGAACUGAAGCAUUUUUUCCAAGAUCGCAUUUUACUUCCAUUGGCAAAUUAAAUAUUAUUUGAUGCUGCAAUUAAAUAUAUAUAUAUAUAUAUAUAUAUAUGUAUAUGUAUCUGUAUAUGUAUAUAUAUUAUUUGAUGCUGCAAUUGCCCAAAAUAUUAUUUAAUGCUUCUCCAUCACUGGCAGUCUCAUUCGUUAAUUCUUGUAAUUGCCCAAAAUAAAAAGCAUUCUGUCCUCUUCUUUUUCCUUGUU